GACUCACGUAAUCACUCUUGAAAACAAUGUGCAAGGCUGAACUUUCACAGUCAAGCCACCCUGCUAAUGCCCUCAACUGCUCAGAGGAUCCACAAAGCUACAGACAUGUCUACUGAGCUUCCUGCAACAGCAGUGGUUACAGAGAUGGACACUUCCACAGCUUCACAGACAAACAGCUCCACCUGUGACUUGUAUGAGCACAAAGACACAGCACGGAUCCUCCUGUCUGUCUUCUACAGCUCCAUCUUAAUUCUCGGGGUGCUUGGAAAUGCCAUUGCCCUCACUGUCAUUUUCAAACACAGAAAGAAGAUCAACUCCACCACCCUCUACUCAACAAAUCUUGUCUUCUCUGAUCUCCUGUUCUGCAUUGCCCUGCCAACAAGGAUAGCCUACUAUGCCCUGGGGUUUGACUGGCCCUUUGGAGAAGCAUUAUGUCGAAUAACUGCCCUCUUGUUCUAUAUCAACACCUAUGCAGGGGUGAACUUCAUGACAUGUCUGAGCAUUGACAGGUUUUUCGCUGUUGUCCACCCUUUCCGGUACAAGAUCAGAAGAAUUAAAUACGCCAAGGGCAUUUGUGUCUUUAUCUGGUUUCUUGUAUUUAGUCAGACUUUCCCAUUACUUAUACAACCCAUGUCACAGGAAGAAAAAGAGAGGACUACGUGUAUGGAGUAUCCAAACUUUGAAAAAAUAGCACAUCUACCACUUAUACUUCUUGCUGCCUGUUUCAUCGGGUACCUUAUUCCCUUGGGGAUUAUACUAUACUGUUACUCUCAAAUUAGCUGUAAACUUUUUCAAACAGCCAAGGAAAAUCCACUGACUGAAAAAUCAGGGAUAAACAAAAAAGCCAUCAAUACAAUAGUUUUUGUCAUCAUAGUGUUCAUCAUCUGCUUUACCCCUUACCACGUUGCAAUCAUACAACACAUGAUUAAGAAGCUUCAGAGCGAGCCCUCGUGCACUGAAACAAAAAUCUUCCAGAAGUCGCUCCAUUAUACCGUAUUUCUGAUGAAUUUUAACUGCUGCCUAGAUCCUUUCAUCUAUUUCUUUGCAUGCAAAGGAUACAAGAGAACUGUAAUGAAAAUACUGAGACGACAAGUGAGCGUAUCUAUUUCGAGUGCUGUCAGGUCACAUCACGAAGAAAGCUCCCGUGAUGUGGGGGAAACACAAAUGACAGUACUUGCAAAACAUUCCAAUGGAAAGCUACCUGAAAAAUUGUCUGUAGUACACGGCAGUGAACUGAGCUUAAAAAUCCAGGGUCCACAGUAA